AUGGCGGCCAUUUGUUGGCAAAGCAGUUUACUCGUGCGGGAAGAAGGAAAAUUGGCAAACUACUACCUUAUUGUAGACGUCUUCCCAAUAAUCCAAAGUAAUCAGCUGAAACGUGGUGAGCAUCGACCACAGAAAAUUGUCGAAAUUUGUAUACCCGUGGUUUGGAUUCGGGCCAACGCAAAGGCAGAUGGAUUCCUCACAGUUAAAAUCAAGCUGUCAGUUGAGGCAGUCGCGCGCAAUAACGAACCAAGUUUAGCUAACCUGGCGCCAGUUGCGUUACCGCAAAUUAUUGGUUCUUCAUCUUCGUCGAAUGCCCAGUUGGACGAGUUCCAAGUCCACCUGUGGACGAUACAAGAUAUCGAUCCUUUACCAGGCAUGAUCGAAACAGUUUUGAGAGCUCUCAACACUCGGAAUGUUCUCAAGCCAGCUAAAUUUCCUACUUCCAUCCCUAUAGUCGCAUAACCACUGGUAAUCACCACGAAAUCCAGCCAGUUCCAUGGAUUUCGCAAGUAAGUGUAUUUAUUGAGCACAAAUCCCUUGGCUAUCGACUUGAUCACCAUUUCGGCCGUGUAUAUCGCUAGGAAUAUGUAUCUAAAAAAAACCAAAAGGCAAGAGGCCGCGUGUUACACAUGCGUCUGCAGAUGUUUGAUUCGUGAGAAUGCUUACUCGGCUUCCUCGAUAGUUUCCGUCAUGGCGAGGAAGGCACAAUUUAAUAUUAUCGUAGCCAUGACUAUGUAAUCGAAGUACUGGUUCGUGCUUAAGUAAAUACAGUACCGCCUUAUAGGAUUCCAUGGGGAGAAUAUGAACCAACUGUUUGUCGCCGUGAAUCGGUGAAUGUAAUUUUUACGAAAUCUUUUCGACACUACGCAAAACGUCUGAAACACACGGUACAAGUGAUGACAUGGAAAUCAAAUCUUGUAUUCACGCGAGGGCAAUACAGUUGAACCACGUUUAUCCGUACUUUUAUUUAUGCAAACGAGCUAUUAAAAUUCGUUGAUCGAUUUUUAUUAUCUCUCGUUAUUCAAAUAAAUAGGAGUAGAGCAAGCAAAUCUUGUCCUCCGGAUAAACGAGGUGUACUGUAUUUUGCGAAAGUUAUUUCCAAAGAAUAUUAAAGCCAGUGAAAUCGAAUGAAAUUUUUAGUGAUUUUGAAUAAUUAAAAGAUUAAUUAUUCAAAAGAGUAUUCGAGGUAUUUAUUUGUCUUAUUUUUAAGCAAUCCUAACAUUAUUCACAAGUUUUGUUGCAAUGAAUCGUAAUUGUAAUUUUAUAAUUUUUGCUUACACAUGUAUAGAUAUCUUUCCUCUUUUCCUUCCAUAAAAGAUAAUCUCAAUUCUAACAAUUAUAUAGAUUUCUUUUUUUAUAACAUACUCUUUUUAGCUUUUUUCCUCUAAAUAAUUAAAUUUAGUUUUCCUUAAAAUGAACACUGUGCGUUCUACAAUUACAUCGUAAAUUGAAAUCAUCCGUAUCGUGUGAAUCUUUUCUUAAUCAAUUAUUUCUUCUGUACGUUAAAUGCCAGUCCAAUUUUGAAUACAUUACAACAUAACGUUGCAAUAUGACAACACGAAACCGACAACAUCAACGAUAUAAAGUUAUAUAAAGCGUACCUCGUCGUAAAUGAAAUUGUCGAUUUCCUCGAGGGGCCUACCAUAAAGUUCGGUUGGAAAUGGUUCGUACUUGUUUGGAAGCACCGCGCCAUCCUCGACAGACAUUCGUCUUUUCGGCUGAAAGCCAUAAUCUCUAACGAGCUGCACGGUCCUGUUUUCCAACCUGUCGAGACUUUCUUUUGUAAAGAGUUUCACCGUUUGCUUGUUGUUCCCCGUGGGGGUUUUCAUCGACGAUUUACCGGCGGCCUGGCCGUUAUCACCGCCGUCCCUUCCGUUUAAGAUUUCACCGGCGGUGGUUGUUCUGGGAGUACCGAGUGGAUCGACUUGAAUCUCUGCGCUUCCAGAAUCACCGGUCCCCGAAUCGGCCGAAGCGCCAGCCACCGCUGUCAAAGGAGGUCGUAGCCUCGCGACAUCUCUGGCGGAUCUUAAGGCCUCAUCGUUCGCCGUUUUCUCCGGAUUCGUUUCGUGAUGCUCGGACGUAGUUCGUCUCGAUCUGCCGGUCUCUUCCUCCGGCUCCGACUCGAAUCGAUCCUCGGUCUUCAAACGUUCGCCGCGCAGAGCGAACUCGAGCUCGCCGUUCGAGACGGACGAUCUCGAACGCCUGUGACGUGUUUCCUCCGCGUACGACGUCAAUGGAUAAUUCGGAAAAAUCGGCGACGGUGUUUCACUGUUCUCGUAAUCCUGGCCGGUGUAAUCCGGCGGACUAAGGCCCGUAUACGGUGGCGGUGAUGAUUUCUCCACUUCUGGCGGUGAGAUCGCGUCGCACUCGCUGGUCUCACUCGCUGGCGAUAUGAGUAUCGAGGCGGAAGUGGUAGCAAACGUCGAACUGUCGUCCAGCUCUCUCCUGCCAACAAGAUCGCCAGUUGAAACAUGUAUGUUAGAAUCGUCGAUAGUUGGCUCCAUCCAUAUCGUUUGUUCGGACCGCGGAAACUCGAGCAGGGAUCCUCGAAUGGUGCUGGACGCGGAGCGAUCCUGUUGCUCGUGUCCCCUUCCACCGAUUCUUUCGAUAGGUGGCGAUCCAUAAUGAUCUCUUCGCCUGGCGGUGGACUCGUCGAAUCUGGAUCUAGGCUCGUAAUGAGCAGCGGUCGAGGCCUCGCCUCUUCUCAACGGUUGAGGCGUUCUCGAAAUCCCGAUCCUCGAGCGGUCCAACAGCUCGAAUUCCUCGGCAAUGCCCGCAGGGAGAUUUAAACUUCUCUGGCUGCCAAUCUCUCGUGGCGAUCUCUCAAGAAUAUCUCGCGUGGGACCAUGAGAUCGAGUGGUCUCUCCUGACGAGAAUCGAACGAGCUCUUCUCUGAAGAGAUUCGUCGCGUAAAGGCCCGCCACUCGAGGUCGAUUAGCGAAGCCAUUGUCCUCAGAGCCGUUGCUCGGAGGGUUGGGAGAACCUUUAUAUCCCUCACGGCCACCUUGCGAAGGUAUCAUUGGAAUCUUUGGUUCCUCGGCUCACCGAAAUUUGUACGUUUCAUCGUUGCGAUUUCCUACGCAGGGCUGUACCACGUUUCCGUUUCUUUCUCCUCUUUUUUCUUCGCCGACUUGGGAGGCUCGACGAUUCAUGCACGUUCCUUCUGUGAGAAUCUCUUCGGUUGAUAACAAUAAAUAACAAAGGUACGGGUAACGCUCAUAAUAAUACUGCUUGCUCGAUUUUGAGGUUUCUCCUUCAAAAUCCUCGUAACAGCAUCGUAUCACGGUUGUAAGGCAGUUCCCUUCCGGUUUAGUUUGAUCGCCGGUCGAUAUUUUGAUAUUCGAUCGCGAUGCGUCUCCCACGGCCGUGCGACGCUUUUGUAUUUGUGACUCUUUUGAAAUUUCAAAGGAUGCAGCUGCUAUUGACUGAGCGCGAACUCGAAUGUGUGUCGCGGUGUACAGUAUAUAGAUUCUUCUUUUUUCGUCGAUGACGAUCGUGCCACUGCGACGCGUUUCACCACCAAGCGGUAAGAAAGUCAAGAGGGAAAGCGAAAGCGAAAAAAAAAGUCAAGAAUACCGGAGGGAGGACGGAAAAUUGGCAAGAAAGUGGGAAAAUGGGAGGCAAGGAACAGCGAGAAAGAGAGAGAGAGAG